AUGAAUCUUUUGAGUUUCGAUAGCUACUUCUUACAAUGUCGACAAUUUCAUCUCGCCUUGUACUAAUUAGGCCCUUACCCACCCACUAAAUCCCCAACCUUUCCGUCUGUCGUUUAUCUUCUCAAUUCUCAUCAUACCUGAUUCUGAUAUAGUUCAUGUAUACCUACUACCCUAAAUCGACACUCUCUUCCAGUUCCUUGUCACUAAUUUAGCAAACAUACAGUAUCUGAAUCAAACGGUGUUCGCGGAGUGUAUACAGUAUGCCGGCCCUAAAAGCAGGAAGCCGGCCGCCGUGGGUGGGUCUUGCCGCCGCUGUUUGGGUUCAGAUCGCCUCCGGCAACGCCUACGCUUUCCCUCUUUACUCCCUCUCUUUGAAAUCUGUACUGGGUCUUUCUCAGCAACAGCUUACAAUUCUCGGUGUUGCUAAUGAUUUUGGGGAAAAUGUUGGUAUACUUCCGGGCAUUGCUUCUAACAAAUACCCACCGUGGGUUGUUCUUUUGAUCGGUGUUCUUGCUUCUUUCUUUGGUUAUGGUAUCAUUUGGCUUGCUGUUAGUGAAACUGUUCACAACGUGCCUUACUGGGUUUUAUGGAUCGCACUUGCUGUUGCCACCAACACAGCAGUGCAUGGUUAGGGACAGCUGUCCUUGUCACCAACAUGAGAAACUUCCCUCUAAGCAGAGGCACAGUUGCAGGCAUUCUCAAAGGCUACGUAGGCCUAAGUGCUGCAGUUGUCACAGAAGUUUACACCAUGGUGCUAAAAGGAUCCGCAUCAUCGCUACUACUCUUCCUUACACUCGGUAUCCCAUUCAUCUGUUUAUCCCUAAUGUAUUACAUUCGCGCGUGUACUCCCUCCGAAGCAGAUCCAUCCGAAAACGCGCAUUUCCUCUUCACCCAAUUAGCAAGUGUUGUACUUGCAGUCUUUCUUCUCGCAACCACGAUACUAAAAGACGUUGUGAAUCUAAGUAACACAAUUUCCUACACUUUUAUUGGAAUAAUGGUGGUGCUUUUACUAGCACCUCUUGCAAUUCCAAUUAAAAUGACUUUGUUUCCUAACAAGAAGCUUACUCGGCCUGGUAGUUCUUCGGUUUUGAAUGAUCCGUUGUUGACAUUGACACCAUCGAAUUCUGAUAUGAAUCUUGAAAAAAUCAAUGAUGGUGAAGAUAUUUCUGAGGUGGAUGCGCUUCUUGCUGUUGGAGAAGGGGCUGUGAAAAUUAAGAAGAAGAGAAGGCCGAGAAGAGGGGAGGAUUUUACGUUUCGUGAGGCGAUUGUGAAGGCGGAUUUUUGGCUUUUGUGGUUUGUUUAUUUUCUUGGUGUUGGGUCUGGUGUUACUGUUCUUAAUAAUUUGGCUCAGAUUGGUGUUUCGCUUGGGUUUAAUGAUACGACUACACUUUUGAGUUUGUUUAGUUUCUGCAAUUUUCUCGGGAGGCUUGGAGGAGGCGUCGUUUCAGAAUAUUUUGUGAGGUGGAAGACGAUUCCACGGACAUUUUUGACGAUGAUAACACAAAUCAUAAUGGUGAUAACAUAUCUUUUAUACGCAUCAGCUCUAAAAGGGACACUUUAUAUUGCAACAGCCUUACUUGGAAUCUGCUAUGGUACUCAAUUUGGUGUUAUGAUUCCCACAUCAUCUGAGCUUUUUGGGUUAAAAAACUUCGGUUUAAUCUUCAACUUCAUGGGGCUAGGAAACCCAAUUGGUGCUCUUUUAUUCUCAGGAAUGCUUGCAGGUUAUGUUUUUGACACAGAAGAAGCUAAACAAGGUGGGUCCACCUGCAUGGGUCCCAAUUGUUUCAGGCUCACAUUUCUUGUUCUUGCUGGUGUUUGUUGUAUAAGUUCAAUUUUGAGCUUGAUUUUAACCCUCAGAAUUCGACCCGUUUACCAAAUGCUUUAUGCGGGUGGGUCGUUUCGUUUGCCUCAAAGUGCUGGACAUUGAAGAUUAGGGUUUAAUCUGAGUUGACUUUAUGAUUGUGAAAGUUACAGGUUAACCUAAUCUGAGUUUAAUAUGUAAUGGUGGUGUAUAAUUGAACAACUAUGUUUAUUUUGUAGUAGUGAUGACAUAUAGUCAUAUAAGUCAUAUAGCAUGAGCCCAAUUUUAAACUGGGUAAGUGGUAUGGUGUUGUGUUUAAUUUGUGGGGGGUUUUUUGAAGUUUGAUUGUACCCUGUGCAUCAGGGAUUGUAAUUUGAUGUGCAGUUGUGCAUACGGAUGCUAUAUAUAAUAUGGUUAUUUUGUGUUGAA